AUGGAUUUCGGCGGACCGUCGAGCGGUCCGGCAGGAUCGAUGCCGAGCAACGACGUGGUGAUGGAUCAAGUGAAGCAGCAGCUCGCGCAGCAAUACGCAGAGGAGUUCUUCGCGGUUGUGAGAGACAAGUGCUUUGCUAAGUGCGUUCCCAAGCCAGGGUCGUCCAUGAGCAGCAGCGAGAGCACAUGUGUGACGCGAUGUGUGGAGCGGUACAUUGAGGCGACGGGAAUUGUGUCCAAAGCGGUGCUGCAGCUUGGGCAACGAUCCGUGGAGUCACUUGUGUAUGCAGUGGCGUGGUGCAGUGCUGUGCCUAAGUAUGCCGCCGCACAGCAGGCAUGCUUGCGCAUGUGCUGGUUCCACGACACCACACCACACGGCCUGUGA